CUUGCGGCGUGCUCGGCCCCGAACGCUGAGCUCCAGCCUCGUCCGUGGCCUCGAGCCGAGCCGUCAGGGUCAGGUUGCGUUGGGAUCCAGUGUGGGGUUCGUUCACGUGCCUGAGCUGGUGCAAAAGGUGUGAAGGGUCGAAGCGUGCCCGUUGCCGUUCAGACACCAGCGAAGUGGUGCUGGGGCUGCAGCCACUGGGCAGGAGUGAGAGCGGCUGCGAGGUCGGGAGCUCCCAGGCCCACAGAGACAGCUCUAGGCAAACAGGAUUUCCAAAAUUUGAUCCUAUUUCUUUGGCAUCCUGCUUAGAACAGGUUUUUAAAUAUGUCUGGAGAAUCUCUUGACUCUUGACAGCAGGUUGGAGAGGUACCAAGAGGUGCCCAAACCGUCACUCUCCAAGUGUUCCCGGGACGCUGCAGCCUGGAGCCGGUUUCCCGAUAAAAUCCCGUUCCAAGGCCCAGAGCCGGUCGCCGGGUGUGGGGAGGGAGGAGAAGCCUUUGUGGCGAGGGCCUGCUGCCACCGGGUGGAAACCGCUCUCCACUGCAUCUUCACAGUCCUCGCCGGAAUCGUAUUUUCAUUUACAUGAUAAUUUACCCAGCGUCUAUUUUAUUUGCGUUCACGUCCUUUUUUUUAGCAUGGUUUCCAGAGCCAGCAAAACGCAGUUCUUACCUGAGAGCAAAGGGAAGCGCAGAACACGGAAAGAAACACAUCUUUAAUUAAAACUUUGCAUCUUUUCCUACUGAAAUAUUUUUAACCCGCUUCUGCCUUUUUGUCUCCUUUUUCGUUGGUGCAGGUGCUCUUUCACGUGGCACUUUUUGGGGUAGAGACAUUCUUGCUCUGACACCGUGUUCCCUACCAGAACGGUGCUUGUGGGCUGCAGCUUUUUGUAGACUUCGCUGCUUUCCAUUACAAGAUAUCCAAAACCAGAGAGAGAAUUUCCAGGGACGUCAAUGACCUACUGAAGCAACUUUGGAGCUCAGAAUGGAGCUGGUCAGCAGGCAAGACCCCCACCUCCGAGAGGUCCUGUGGUUUGGGGUGCGCUGCAGAGCCCUGACGCUUCUGCUGCAGGCUCUGUUUAACCUCCUGCUUCCAGAUCACACCGCAGACGCCUUCUCUCCCCCUCGCCUGCCCGAGCCUGGCCUGUGGGACCUGCUCUUGGAGCGGCUGCUGGGCGGCCUCUCGCGCUGGGAUGCCGAGCACUUCCUCUUCAUCGCCGAGCGGGGUUACCUGUACGAGCACAACUGCGCCUUCCUCCCGCUGUACCCCCUGAGCCUGCGCGCCGCGGCCGAGGGCGCUCUGUGGCCCUUGCAGCCGCUGCUGCGCUUGCGGAGCCGCCUCCUGCUCUCGGCCGUGCUUCUUAAUUCUCUCUUUUCCAUCCUGGCAGCCGCUGCCCUGUACAAGCUGGGCUGCGUCGUGCUGCAGCGUCGCGGGGUGGCUUUCCUUGCUGCCCUUCUCUUUUCCGUCAGCCCUGCCAAUGUAUUUAUGGCAGCUGCUUACUCGGAGAGCGUGUUUGCCUUCCUGGUGUUCAGUGCCAUGUGGCAACUGGAGAAGGGGCAGAGCUGGCUGGGUGGACUGCUCUUCUCCCUCGCUUCUGGGGCGCGUGCCAACGGGCUUAUUAAUGCUGGCUUCCUUCUCUACGCUCGCGGUAAAUGCUUUGCCCUCCAGCUCCAGGUGGGUUCAGGAUCACUAAGGAAGCUCCCUCCAUUGUGGAAGCAACUCCUUAGCGUGACAUCUUCAGCGGUUCUGAUGUGUGCUGGGAUAUUUCUACCUUUUGCUUUAUUUCAGUAUUAUGCCUACGUGAGGUUUUGUGGUCCUGGUGCUGGCCUGGAGCAGACUGUUCCCAGGCCUCUGCUGCAGCUGGCCCUGGACAAGGGCUAUCGGCUGGCGGGCAGGAAUGGGGUUAAACCCCCUUGGUGCUCCUGGCGAUUCCCUGUGGUCUAUUCCUAUAUUCAAGACACUUACUGGAAUGUGGGUUUUCUAAGGUAUUUUGAGCUCAGACAGAUACCAAAUUUCUUGCUUGCUUUGCCUGUCACACUUCUGGGCUUGUGGGCUGCCUGGACCUACCUCAUUGCAAACCCCCGGCACUGCCUAACUCUUGGUCUAGAGAGAAGAAAGAGUGAAGAAGAGGGUAAACCAGAGGCUGGAUUUUGCUGCCCCGCUGUCUUCGUCUAUGUGGUCCAUGCCACGGUCUCGCUGGUGGUGGGAUUCUUCUGCAUGCACGUGCAGGUGCUGACCCGGUUCCUUGGCUCCUGCUCUCCCAUCCUGUACUGGUUCUCUGCUCACCUCCUUCAGGAAUACGAACCUUUACUCUGGAGUGAGGGGACUGAUAACCAAACCACUGCGUCUCACUCCGAGAAGUCACUUCUAGAUAAAAAUGGUUCCAGCGGGAAAGGAAUGUUGGAAAACCCCCUUGUGAGGCUGCUGAUCAACUUUAGAUUAAUUACCCCCCUCAGCAAGUGCAUUCUCGGAUUCUUCUUGUCCUACUGGCUGCUGGGACUGAUUCUGCACUGCAACUUCUUGCCGUGGACAUAGUGAGGGUCUGGAUGGGUACAGAUGGGUCGUGGGGUAGAAGCACUGGUCUGAAUUGAAGCUCAGUUUUCCUAAAAAAA